AUGGGAUUCCAACGGCUGAAUUUUCUGGCAUUAAACAAUAACAACUUUCAAGGCUCACUUCCGGAAGUGAAUGCCACAGAGCUGGUUGUCUUGGCAUUGCACAAGAACCACUUGUCCGGUGUUCUUCCUAGCCUUCUCAGCCUACAACACCUUGGCGUGUUGACCUUGCACGAGAACUCCAUAGGGGGUUCAGUCAACGAUCUGAGCUUAAGUGCCACUUGUAUAGACAACUCCAAGUUCAAAAUGCUGGGAAUGGGGUGCGUGACGUGGAAACGGGCCAUAUCGAAUUUUAAGAAUGACACUACGGCACUUUUUCUUGACACGACGGAAGCAGCUGAUGUCCAGGAACUGAAAGAGAAUUGUCCAAGCCUAUUUGGAUGCCCCGGCCAUAGCACGGCCUACAUCACGCUGCACCGGAACCGCUUUUCUUGCAAAGUUCCUGCCCACAUUGCUGCUGAAAAUGUUACAGUCGCUGGUCUAGUCAUCAUGGGCAACAUGCUGGGGUUUGGACAUGAACUCAACUCUUCUUGGAUCCUGCCUGAGGAGAAACAAUCAUUCCUCUACUACUCUGGGGAAGUUUGGAAAUCCAAUCGCAAUGUUCUCUACGGUUUUCUGGUCCUGCUUUCAUUUGCUGCUUUGUGCUAUCCACGGCGGCAGAGGCUUCAGGAGGCAUUGUGGAACUUGGACGCUAAUGGCACUGCUUGGGUGGCAUCAUCUCACUUUGCAUUGAUCAAAGCCUCCCGCAGCACCUGUAUACUGGUAUGUCCGCUGCUGGUGCUUUUUUGGUAUGGCGGUGUCUAUUACGAAUGCAGCCCACCCCUUUGGCAAACGACGGCGGCCAACUUGAAAGCGGAGCCUUUGGUGGAGCUUGCUGUCAUUGCCUGCUGGUGUGUGAUGCUUCUGCUCUUCCGGUCCCUCUUUGCCAGCAUGCCCAAGAGAAACAGCAUCCCUACCGUUAUGAGCUUCAGUGGGAUGUCACGCACCUUCGCUCGAAGAAUUCUGGUGUGGCUCCUUUGGGUAUGCAUGGUCACUUUUUUUUCGUUGCCAUCUGUGCUGUAUGCGUUUGCCCAGUCUUUGCCGGCACACAACACCUCUGGCCUCUCUGAUGAAAUGUUGAAUUUGUUUCACGGCAUUGCGCCUGCCUUGACCGUUUUGAUUGACAUGGUCCUUGCUGUCAAGAUAUCAGUGAAGUACUCCAAAUUAUCUGGAGCAAAUGCAGAGAAGUUGUUGAUGACGUUCCGUCUGUUUUCUGCGUGGAUGCUGCCGCUUCUGAUCACAGUUGUCUUGGAUGAAAACUGUAUUGGUGGAUGGAAAUGGACGUGGACCGCUUGCCGAGCAGGGUCGUCACAACACAAGUAUUUUGAUUGGAGAAUCUAUGAUGAAGAGAUAUUGAACACUGAAAAAGACAUUUGCAGUUUGAGCGAGACUUGGUGGUUGGAUGGCCGCUGCAGCCGCGCGAUCGUGGGGAACUUGGCUCCCUUUUUGCUCCAAAAACUUCUAGUACGAAGUACCGUGCAACCAUUGGUCUUGUGGCUGCUGUGGCGGGUCUCACGUUUGGAAAGCCAUGAGGAUCCACAACAAGGACGCCAUCUCAAACUCUUUGGUUCUGGCCCCAAGACGAGUGGUUCGCUGCAGCCGUUGCAGCAAAUGUCCUUGCUGACCACGCAGAUGGAAAUCCUUGCUUUCUGGACACCAUUCAUCCCUCUACUGAGCCUUGGGAUUCUGGGUGCUGGCAUUGCGAAUCUGUUGAUUUUUGACCUUGGUGUGUGGGGCUUUGGGGUGAAGCUUCCUUCAGACGAGAUGAACCAGGGUGCUCGGUUGUCGCGGUGGUACUUGCUUUUUGCACUCUGUGCUGGUUGCUGCUUUCAGCUCUGGCAUGCAUUCAGCACAGGGAUGUAUGGGCGAUCCCUUUUGCUGGCUUUUAGUGUGACAAUGAUAGGGCCAUGGGCCAAAGGGCUCUUGCCCGUAGAAGCAGCCAGGCGCCAUUUCUGGAAGGAUUUGGAAUCGGCCAAUGAGACACGCCUCAUUGAGAUGGGCCCAAUGGAUACAGCCCAUCUCACAUCCGAACCGAAUAGGACCUGUUCCUGA